AUGGGCGAUCAGACUCUUCUUCUUCCCAGUGCCACAAAAGACCAAGAGUGGUUCUCCUACUUUUUUAUCUUCACAAUAGAAUUUGGUAUUCUCUACUCAGAAUAUGCUUUAGAAUCCGUUUUUGUUAAUCCAUAUUUCAACCGACUAAACUGCUCAAUUGUUUUCAUAUCAGUUCUGUGGUUGCUCCCAUCCAUUCUCAGUCUUGGCCUACAGCCUUUAAUUCAAAAAUAUAUCUAUCAAGAUUACUUGUUAAUUACAUCACACAAAAAAACAUUAAGCUACAUUUUUUGUUCACUUGCUCUAUUUGGAAUACUCAUGUUCAUAUCAGCAGGGACGAUAUCUGAAUGGUAUUUUAAAGGCUCCAUUUUAUUUAACUCCAAGGCUCGGGACACUUCUCUUGUUUUAGGGGUUAUUGGCUAUCUUCUGAUGGGAGUAAGUCACAAUUCACUUUUUGAUAUGUUCUUAGGCUUGUCAGAAACAGAAAAACUCAAAACUUAUAUAACUUGGGGAUGUGUAGGGAGGAUGUGUGGCUUUUUGCUAGCAUCUAUAGACUGCUUUGAGAUUUAUUCGUUAUAUAUGUAUUACAAUGUAGGAGAUAACAUGACUUUGACAUAUUUUUUUUCGGCAGUUCUUUAUUUAUUUUCUAUGUGCUUCGCAAUCCCAACUCUAUAUGCAGGAAGACGAGAAUCGGACAACUCGUUUUUUGUGUUCCCUGGGUUCAAGUUCUUAUUGUCUGUCCCUAAAAAGAUGCUUUUAUUGAUGAUGUGCUAUUUCUUUACAUUUGGGUGUAAUAUAUUGAUUUCUAUAUAUGCCACAUCUUGGGUGUCCAAUGCACUCAUAACGGAAAAACAUAAAGCAAAUGAAGAUAGAAGACUUUUUGAUAUGGGAGUAUCAUGAGGCGCCUUUACUUUAUUUUUAUCAGGAAUAGUCACACUAUUAAUAAUCAGCCUUAUCCCUUAUGUGAGGAAACAAAAUUACUUAAAGGAUAGCUACAUUCUUGCUGGCGCUCACUUGAUUUCUGCAGCUGCAUUAUUAUCAACUUAUAAUAUUGAAAAUUUCCAAUGGGUAUUCAUAAUAAUACCGCUUUGUGGGCUUUCUAUAGGAGCUAAUUUUUUGCUUCCCCAAUGCUUGCUACAAGAAAUUCAAUUUCAAUAUGGAAAAAUUUGUGAUAAAUUGUCGUAUCCUCAUAGAGGGGAUUAUUGCUCGACGGCUUAUAAAACAGGCUCCAAGCUAGAGUCACUUUUGAGAUUUUUAUUAGAUAUCCCAAGUGAAGAGGACAAAAUCCACCAUUCAAUUGAACAAAGUAAAGAAUGGAGCAAAAUUCUUAAUUUGACUGCAAUUUUUGCUCAGACUGUCAUGUUCGGCCUUGCCCCUUAUGUAAUUGUGUUUUGGCUUGAAGGGGAAACUGUAAAAUGGGGCAUGGUGACUGCAGGGCUUUCUGCUCUAAUUGGGGGACUUCUAGCAUUUUUGUUAUAA